CAGGAAGGGAAGUGUGCAGAGGUCGCACAGAGCUGAUGCCUGUUCUCUAGUGCCUGAUCUGCGGAAUCCUAGGGUUGGCAUUGUCAACACCCUUCCUGUAACAUCACAAUGUCAACAUUCCAAAGGAGUCCAGAGCCUUGGAGGCAGGAUCUAGGAUGCCAGAGAAAGGAUGGAGAACAAUCCCCACAAAUCCUGGGGUUUUGUAUAAAGGCAACGGCUAAGGAUUAAGGAAAUAACGAAACGCCUGCCACCACUGUUGAGUCUGGACACCGUCUUUUUAAAAAAAAACAAUGUCCCACUUCAAUAAUUGGAAGAGCACCCAAAUGAGCCAAAGCUUCAUGUCACAUGACAGCAUCAGAGUUCUUCAUGAGAGGAAAAGGGAGAAUAAAAAACAUGAAGACCUUCCAGGAAGCCACCACUCAACCCGUGGCCAGAUGCUACAGGACAUGGAGGGUGUCUGGAGUGCUGGGAGCAAAACUAAAGAGGCAGGAGAAGACAGGGCUACAGAGGAAGGACCUUUUCCCAGCAAAAUAGAACUACGAAAAGAUGUGAAAGGAGUGAGUGACAGCAAAGCUGCAGGACGGAGUCGUGAACUAUCCCCCGCAACAGCAAAGAGCUUCCGGAUAUACGACGUGAGUUCUCUUUCUUGUCCUACCCCGUUGCAGACUGAGGAGAUGUGUCCCCACAGAAGGUUUAGAAUGGCACGUCUGCCCCAGCAAGGCCCUUUCCGACACCUUAUGGACAUGAAGGCAGAGAAGAGACUGACAGGCUGGAAGGAACGCCGUAGCCGGUUUGGUGACAUCAAUGUGCACAAAUGCUAUAAGUUUGGGCAGAUCUUCUCUCCUUUCCAGGCUCUGGCCACCGCAGAGAUGCGGAGGCUGGUGUUGCCCCAAGACCUGCCCAUGAGUUCCCGCAUGCAGAAAAUAAGUACUUCAUCCCUUAGUGACAUGAAUCUCCAGGAUUUACCCCUGUCUCCCACAGAGCUGGCCUUGGGAAAGGAUGACAGCCAUCAUGAGAAAGAGAAACCAGUGAGCCAUAUGAAAAGGCCUUUAUUCCCCCCAAUAGUUAAAGCAUCAAAAUAUAAUGACAUGAAAUAA